AAGAUAAGAUUAGCAGUGGCAAUGAUUGAAUGAACAGUGAUAGAACAAAUAAAUUAUAAUUCGAAACAAACCAUUAAAUAUUUAUAUUAUGUGUCAUUUUUUUUACCAAAUUUGUUUAAUAUGCGGCGCAGUUUAGUAAUCUAUUCUGUACUUUUAUUGCUGAGCAGUGCUCUCAGCACUGACAACAUAAAUGAAGAACUACUGACAAAUGAGGUACAAACUUUAACAUGGACACCAAAAAGUGAUAGUCCACUCAUUAUUAAAGCAGACGAAGGGUAUCAGAUACAAGUAGAGGCUACUCAAUUGGAUAUAGACGGAGAAAGUGGAGAUUAUGUUACUGUCAAAAAUGCCGCCGAUGAUGUGGAAAACGACGACGCACUAAUAUUUAGCUAUACUGUGAGUGGUAAACCAAGCUAUUUAUACAAUAGUAAUAAGUUGCAGGUGGAAUAUUCUGGAUCUAAUAGCUCUAAUACCUUUUCGCUGAAAUUUACCCGCGUUGGAGAAGCAGCUACAACUACUGAAGAACCUAGUUCUACAACAACAACAGAGCUAAUGCCAACUGCUGCUCCAGAGGAGGAAGACACCUUAACCGUUUACUUACUAGGGAAAUCUUCCAAUGAAUUUGUUAAUUCUGCACUGAUCGUCCUAAAACAGGCUAUAUGUGAUAUGGGAAAAGAGUAUUGUCGAGUGCAAAAAUGCCCUAUAAAUGGAACUAUAACAGCAGCCAAUGUUAAAAUAGAAAACCUAGAACCCUGUCCAAUAGCAUGGCCUAAUUCAGCUAAAUGUGUCACGCUCACUUUUGCCCUUCCAAUUGUCAAGCUGACUCAUUAUGAAGACGAACAAGAUUUGUGGAAAGGUUAUAUGUUAAGUAGGAAACAUUUAAGCAUCUUAUGGCAAACUUAUGCAGAGACUUAUGUGCAAGAAGCAGGAUUAAAUGUAUAUAGUGUUCCUGACGUUACACAUAUUCUUACUUACAGAAUUAUUGUGACUAGUUGCAUUAUUGUGGCUUUGGUGGCUAUUAUACUUAUUGCCAAGAGAUUUGUUGGCAAAUUAAGUACAAAAAGAAGGAAGCUAAGUGAUACUAUCUCUAUAAUGGGUCAGCCAUCAAACAGACCUAGUCAAGUAUCUCUAACUCCACAUUAUUUGCAAGCGUUACCUCCAUUAUUUAGCAAUGAUUUUCAAGUAUUAUUUACAGAGCAGAAGACCAGCAAAAACUAUUCAGAUUUUGAUAAUACUAAUUUUUCAGAAACGACUGAUAUAUCAGAUCAACCAUCAUCAGCUCCACCCCUACCCGAAAAACUAAACAUGGGAAAUGAUUUAAUUGGAGAAAAUGAAGCAUAAAGUGUAAAUAUUAAAAUAUCUCAAAGAAAAAAUGUUUCAUUUAGAAAAUGCAUAUUCUUACUAUACAUACUAUUUUAGUAAGAACCGAAUAAAAAAAGUUUUGUUUUCUUUUUUAAUUUGUAUAUCAUACUUAUAUAAAAAGGUCUUAACAUCAAAAUAAAGCACAUUAUUUAAAAUAAAAUAUUAAUAAAUUUUAUUAUAAAAAGUGA